AAAGAAACAGCAACUAUGGCAACACCAGCGCCAGAGGCUUGAAGAGAAAGACGAACCAAAAGAGGUGUAGUUUUUCUUAUGGAAGAAUAUCCAGUUAUUUCAUGAUGGCAUUUGCACCUCCAAAAAACAUAGGUGGUCCCAAAAUGCAGACAAAGAUGAGUACCUGGACACCCCUAAACCACCAGCUUUUGAAUAACCGGGUAUUUGAAGAAAGAAGAGCUCUGCUUGGAAAAUGGUUUGACAAAUGGACAGACUCUCAAAGGAGAAGAAUCCUGACAGGGCUGUUAGAACGCUGUUCCCUGUCACAGCAAAAGUUCUGCUGUCGAAAGCUUCAGGAAAAAAUUCCAGCAGAAGCUCUGGAUUUUACUACCAAGCUUCCAAGGGUGUUAUCUUUAUAUAUCUUUUCUUUCCUGGAUCCCCGAAGCCUUUGUCGUUGUGCACAGGUGAGCUGGCAUUGGAAGAACUUAACUGAACUGGAUCAGCUCUGGAUGCUGAAAUGUUUACGGUUUAACUGGUACAUCAAUUUCUCUCCAACUCCCUUUGAGCAGGGUAUAUGGAAGAAACACUAUAUUCAAAUGGUGAAAGAACUCCAUGUUACCAAGCCCAAGACACCUCCAAAAGAUGGGUUUGUGAUCGCUGAUGUUCAACCAGUUACAAGCAGUUCUCCAGAGGAAAAGCCAUCUCCUUCAUCAGCUUUCCGGUCCUCUUCUUCUUUAAGAAAGAAGAACCACCCAGGGGAGAAAGAACUCCCACCCUGGCGAUCCUCUGACAAACAUCCAACUGAUAUCAUUCGCUUCAAUUACCUGGACAACUGUGACCCCGUUGAGCAAAGCUGGCAAGGAAGAAGGAAAAGACACGAAAUGACCCCAGAUUUCAACCGACAGUCACGUGAUAAGAAAAAUAAAUCACAGGACAGAUCUAAACUAAGAAAAGCACAGUCACUGAAGCAGAGUAAGCUAGGAGGAAGAGAGCACCCUCUUUGUCGGUGUCACCUGGAGGGGUGAUCAGACCGUCUGCGCAGCCUUCUGGGCUCAUAGGCACACAGAGGACAGCAGGGGUCCUCUGCACAGGAUCCCCAGAUGGAAAAGUCCAGGAAGCAG